AUGCCAGCAGUAUCAUAUGAUGUCCAGCAACGGGAUAUCCUCAAGAUCGCAGUUCUAGGGGCGGCAGGCGGUAUUGGCCAAUCCUUGUCGCUCUUGUUGAAGUCGAACGCUUCUUUUUUGUUACCACGUGACUCGUCAAGACACAUAAGCCUAGCGCUAUACGACGUGAACAAAGAUGCCAUCGUGGGCACAGCAGCCGACUUGUCACACAUAGACACCCCUAUCACCACCACUCCACACUACCCAAAUGAUGGGAAUGGCGGUAUCGCACGGUGCUUGCAAGAUGCAGACAUGGUCAUCAUCCCAGCAGGUGUGCCCAGAAAACCCGGUAUGUCACGUGAUGACCUAAUCGGUGUCAACGCCAAGAUCAUCAAGUCGCUAGGAAACGACAUCGCAGAGUACUGUGACUUGUCUAAAGUGCAUGUAUUGGUUAUUUCGAACCCAGUGAACUCGUUGGUCCCACUGAUGGUGUCGACUUUGGCAAACAGCCCACACAGUGCGAACACAAACAUCGAGGCUAGAGUGUACGGGAUCACCCAUUUGGACCUAGUGAGAGCUUCCACCUUUGUGCAACAGCUAAACUCUUUCAAAUCAAAUAACGCACCUGACAUUCCGGUCAUUGGUGGUCAUUCCGGAGAUACCAUCAUCCCCGUUUUUUCCGUCUUGAAUCACCGCGCUUCUAACUCCGGAUACGCUAAUUUGCUAGAUAAUGGCGUUAGGCAAAAGUUGGUCCACAGAGUUCAAUAUGGUGGGGACGAAAUCGUCCAAGCAAAGAACGGUAACGGGAGCGCGACAUUAUCCAUGGCAUACGCGGGCUUCAAAAUCGCAGCACAAUUCAUCGACCUUUUGGUCGGAAAUAUCCGCACUAUCGAAAAUAUUUGCAUGUAUGUUCCGCUCACUAACAGGUAUAAUACCGAGAUCGCCCCAGGCUCUGACGAAUUAAGAUCAAAGUACAUCAACGGAACCCUUUAUUUCUCGAUUCCACUUUCCAUCGGAAUAAACGGUAUCGAAAGAGUCCACUACGAGAUCAUGGAACAUCUAGACAGCUACGAGCGUGAGACGCUACUACCGAUCUGCUUGGAAACUCUAAAGGGUAAUAUUGACAAGGGUCUAAGCUUGGUAUAA